AGGCGGGGAUAGAUCAGGAUGGGCACCGGGACAGAGGCGGGGAUAGACCGGGAUGGGCACCGGGAGAAGGGCUCGGAUGGAGCGGGAUGGGCACCAGAAAAGACCGGGAUAGACGGUGGCUGAGGCUGGAUAGGCAGUGGGGAUGUGCUGGGAUGGAGGCGUGGAUGGACACCGGUAGCGGGGCAGGACGAGUCACCGGGAUAUGUCGGGAUAGAGGCGAUAGGCACUGGGAACACCGAGGAGAUGCACUGGAGGUGCACUGGGAGAAGAGGAUUUCUGCAGGGCUAAAAGUUCCCUCGGACAUUAUUGGGAAUUAUCUCCAUAGAAGAACCCUCAUUUUCUGCUGAAGGGCGUGGGGAUGAACAGGAUCCGGAUUCACGUGUUGCCGACGAGCCGAGGCCGCCUGACCCCGGUGCCACGGCCGCAGGAGCCCUUGGGCUGUGCCUUCGCCCCCCGGCCCUGCUCCCAGCCCCGCCUGGAAGGGCAGGAAUUCUGCAUCAAGCACAUCCUCGAGGACAGGAAUGCUCCCUUCAAACAGUGCAGCUACGUGUCCACAAAGAACGGGAAGCGUUGUCCCAACGCUGCUCCCAAACCUGAGAAGAAGGAUGGCACAUCAUUCUGUGCGGAGCACGCCCGACGGAACGCGCUGGCGCUCCAGGCUCAGCUGAAGAAAUCCAACCCCGGGCCCGUGGGUGAGACCCUCCUGUGCCAGCUGAGCUCCUACGCCCGCGCAGAGCUGGGCUCCCAGAGCACGGAGAGCAGCCGCAGCGAGGCCAGCAGAAUCCUGGACGAGGACAGCUGGAGUGACUGCGAGCAGGACCCUGUCACCGUGGAGCAGACAUGGCGUGGGGACCCUGACAGUGAAGCCGACAGCAUCGACAGCGACCAGGAGGAUCCCCUCAAGCAUGCUGGUGUGUACACGGCUGAGGAGGUGGCUCUGAUCAUGCGGGAGAAGCUGAUCCGGCUCCAGUCCCUCUACAUCGACCAGUUCAAGCGGCUCCAGCACCUGCUGAAGGAGAAGAAGCGUCGGUUCCUGCACAGCAGGAAGGGAGAGCAUGAGGCCAUUGGAAGCAGCCUCCUGACAGGGCCAGAGGGGCUGAUGGCCAAGGAGAGGGAGAAUCUGAAGCGGCUCAAGUGCCUGCGGCGUUACCGGCAGCGCUACGGGGUGGAGGCUCUGCUGCACCGGCAGCUCCGGGAGAGAAGGGUCCUGGCCACCGAUGGUGCGGCCCAGCAGGCACACACCACCCGCUCCAGCCAGCGCUGCUUGGCCUUUGUUGAUGAUGUCCGAUGCUCCAACCCGUCCCUCCCGAUGACCCGGCACUGCCUCACACAUAUCUGCCAGGAUACGAACCAGACGCUGUUCAAGCCGUGCCAGGGCUCGGAGGAAGUUCCCUGCAACAAGCCCGUGCCUGUGAGCCUGUCAGAGGAGCCGUGCUGCCCCCUGCACCUCCGCCUGCCCCCCCAGAUGUACGUCCCAGAGCAGGUCCUGGCUGUCCCCCAGGAGCUGGGAGCUGCUCCCACGGAUCUGUACCUGAGCGCAGCCGAGCUCCAGCCCACAGAGAGUUUGCCCCUGGAAUUCAGCGAUGACCUGGACGUGGUGGGUGAUGGGAUGCAGUGCCCCCCAUCCCCUCUGCUCUUUGACCCUUCUGUGACCCUCGAUCCGUCCCUGCGGGACAUGGCCGAGGCUCCCAUCGACAUCCUGGCGCUGGAGGAGCCGGACAGGGGCAGCUCCUGUGCCCCGCUCGUCCCUGCGGCCGAGGGGCCUGCGCAGCAGAGUCACCUCCCGUUCCAGCCGGGGCCCCGGGAUCAGCAGCAGCCGGAGGGAACGGCCCCGGCCCGGGGAGCAGCUGCCAACGGGAGCCUGGAGCCGGGGGCCGUGAGCUGAGCCCGGCAGCACCGGGGUCUCCACACCCGGGGAACCUUCAGCGUGUGGGAUCUGGGGGGAGCGAGCUGCUGGAGACCUCUCCAGUGCCAGCAUGAGCUGCAGCUCUGGCUCCUGCACCGAUUCCUGGAGCCACAGCGAGCCCUGAAACCCCGGGAUGGGGUCUCCAGACCCUCCCAUCCUCUGUGGGGAUGGAGCAGCCACAGAGGACAGGGCAGGGGAAUCACGGAACUUCUGGGAUCCUUUACCGUGCCCUGGGGGGAGCGAUGUGGCCCUGGGAUGUUUUGGGGGGACAGAGGUUCCGUCCCACGGGGUCCCCCACAAUAAAGUGUUGGAGGUGGGU